AUGAGCUUGCCGACAACCAACAACAACACUUCCCCCUCAGAGGAAGCCCACCAACAGCAACAAGCAAUCGACGCCAAGCACCUGGAACAUAUCGCUAUCCACAACCCCCGUCGGAUCCUCUUCCUCUACGGAUCCCAGACGGGCUGCGCACAGGAUGUAGCCGAGAAUGCUGCCCGUGAGGCUAGACGCAUGCACUUUAGCGCAACUGUGUCUGCCAUGGAUGACUAUGAUCGGUCGCUGCUGAUCCGCGAGCACUUUGUGGUGUUCAUUGCUUCAACCACAGGUCAGGGCGAGGAGCCAGACAACAUGAAAAAGUUUUGGAAGUUCCUCCUCCGCAAGUCCCAUCCAAGUGAUGCUCUCGACCACAUGGAGUAUACUGUCCUGGGACUGGGCGACUCUUCUUACAUCAAGUUCAAUUGGCCUGCGAAGAAGCUGUACAAGCGUUUGAUGCAGCUGGGCGCAAUGCCCUUCUAUGAGCCAGCCUAUGCGGACGACCAGCACUACCUCGGAGUGGAUGGAACACUGGGACCUUGGCUUACAGGACUGUGGAAGGUUGCACUCGAAAAAUACCCCAUCCCACCGCCCCUCAAGAUCAUCCCCGAGAACGUCAUCUUCAAGAACAGCUUCAGUCUCGUCUUUGACCCCAAGGAGAUCAUUGAUCCUACCAACAACAACAAUACCCACAACAAACAACAAGAGCCAUUGGACUUUAACCAGGAGCCCAACUCUUACUUGGCUACCCUCCUGACCAACAAGAGAAUCACUCACGAGAAACAUAACCAAGAUGUGCGUCAUAUCGAACUCCUUGUCAAGGAUCCCGUCUUCCCCGGUUAUCACCCUGGAGAUGUCCUGACAAUGAGACCUCGUAACCUUACCAAGGAUGUCGAUGAGUUCUUGGAGUACAAUGGAUGGACAAGCAUAGCUGACGAACCCCUCACCAUCGUCGAGAACCUCUCUGAUCACCAGUUGCCAAAGCAUAUCCCUCAUCGACAAACGAUCCGCUCGCUAUUGACCAACCACUUGAACGUCUUCAUGACCCCUCGCACUAGCUUCUUCCAGCUCUUGAUCCACUUUACCCCCAACGAGGACGAGAAGGACAAGUUGCGCGAGUUCAUCUCCCCCGCUGGCCAAGACGAUCUGUACACAUACUCCCAUCGUGUGAAGAGAACCAUCUUCGAGGUCCUUGCUGAUUUCAAGGACGUCAAAAUCCCUCUUGACUACAUGCUUGAUGUCUUUCCUAUCAUCAUGCCUCGCAGCUUCUCGAUCGCCUCGGCACCCCUGGCGUCUGUUCAGGAACAAUCCCAGACCGCAGUGACAGCCCGAGUGAAUGGUGAGGCGGUGGUACAGCAGGUUGCGACGUCGAAUGGCACAGUUGCAACUGGGAAUGCGGAUGGCGAGCUGCAGUGGAAGAUUGAUCUUUGUAUAGCAAUUGUGCAUUACAAGACCAAGUUAUGGAGGUGGAGGACAGGUGUCUGCACAAAGUGGCUCAAGAGUCUUCACGCUGCUGAUGAGUUGUUCGAGGAGGCAACUGACAAGAAGGAGCCUUCUGAGUUCUGGAUUCGUAUCCAACGAGGUACACUCAAACUCCCCAAAGACCCCUCCGUUCCCCUUAUCUGCAUCGGACCUGGUACGGGUGUGGCCCCAAUGCGUAGUUUCUUGCACCACCGAAUCUAUGCCCAAGGCGCGACUCAAAACGUGCUCUUCUUUGGCUGCAGGAAGCGUGAGCGAGACUACCACUACCGCGAGGAAUGGGAGCAGUUGGAAUCCGAGGGCCGUCUCAAAGUCUUUGCCGCCUGCUCUCGCGACCAGGAGGACAAGGUGUACGUCCAACACCUCAUCGAACAACAAUCGGCUCUGGUUUGGAACUACCUCCACGACCAGAAGGGUGUCAUCCUAUUGUCAGGCAGCUCGAAUCGGAUGCCUGCCGAUGUGACGAGGGCGUUGGAACGGGUUGUGGCCAAGGAGGGGAAGAUGGGGGUGGAGGAGGCGCAUGCUUAUUUGGGAAAGGUCGAGAAAGAAGGGCGGUUCCAGCAGGAAUGUUGGGCGUAA